AUGAGAUCUAUUUUACUCUUUUAUAUAGUUAUCACUAUAAUUUCUUUAUACGUUAUCAAGCCUGCUAAGACUACAUCGGCCCGUCUACGGUGUGGUAUAUCAUUAGAUAAAAGGAAAGAAGAUUAUAUUCAUUCUCGAUAUCCUCGACAUACACCGAUCCAUCAGCCAGUACAAGAUGAUGGAGCGCUCUAUUUCAAUGGUAAGGAUACUAUUCAAUUGCCAAUUGAAAGUAUAGAAAUAAGUCGUGGCUUCAGUAUUGAAUUUUGGAUUAAAGUAGAGGGUGGACAACACGCCAAUACUAUUAUCGUUGGGCUUUAUGAUCGUUGUUUCUUAAGGUAUCAAAGUUUAAUAAUUGGAUUAAAGAACAGGAAUCAACAUCGACAGUCUACUCUAUAUUACUCAUUGCAAACAGAUAGUUUCAAUUCAAUGAGUACUAUUGAAGGGCCCACAACUGUCACUAUUGGAAAAUGGCUCCAUGUCGCUGCAACCUAUAACCAAAAAAAAAUGCAGCUUUAUAUUAAUGGAGCACGAAUGGGCACUGAUACACGACAAAAGGGCCAAUUAUUGGCUAAUCACUCAGCACUAUGCCGAGCUAUUUAUAUUGGAGGCGGUCAUGGUGAUGGACAACAAAAUAAUGGCACCGAUGACAACUUUAAUCAAUAUUACCGUGGCAAAUCAUUUGAUGGUAUCGUCCGUUGGACAACACCAAAAUUAAAUAAACCUAAAAGAAUCCAUUCUACACGCCAUGAAAGUUAUCAUCAAAUUGAAAUUUAUCCACCGCCAUGUGGUUUAACAUUAUGUGAUAAUCAUGAAAUUAUCAAGACUUAUUUGGCUCACUAUCCUGAUUGGCAACAUACGCCUAAGUUGGUACAAUAUCGCCUAAUUAAUAUCUACAACGAUGAUGGCAGUAAUCCACUAGUAACUCAACAACAGAUACAACGGCAACACCAAUACCUACUGAAUCAUUUUGCACCUUAUGGGAUCCAGUGGAAACUUCAUGAACAUAAAAUAUAUAAUACAACAUUGAGACAGCGCCAUGUCUUGGUCGGUUGUAAAUCGAGCAUGAUUGCUGAUGAUAUUUGCCAAGAAGAAUGCAAUAGUGUCAUUACUGGCUAUGAUGGUGGCGAUUGUUUAUCAGGUUCACAACAUCAAAUUGAUGAAUUAUGUGAUAGCAAUAACAUUGGAAAUGGAAUCUGUGAUAAUCAAUGCAACUAUCGGCAUUAUAAUUGGGAUGAUGGCGAUUGUUGUCUUCUCAACUCAAUCUCAACAGCUACCACUACUACAAGCAAUUGUGUUGAUCCCGAUUCUCCUCACCGGAAUUAUCUGUCAGUUGAAGAAUAUAAAAAUACUAUUAAUUUAACCAAUGAAAAUUAUUUAAAUAUCUACUUUGGACAUUGGACAUGGGAAGAUUUACUCGGUAUUGCUACUUUUCCAUGGGAACGCCAUGUCAAAACCUUGCUAGGUGGAACAAUCUUGAAAGCAACCCAUUAUGGUCAUACUGGUCACUUAGAUAUUAUGAUUCAUGAAAUUGGCCAUAACUUAGGUUUAUGGCAUGUUCAUCAUGGUAUAUCGGAAAUGAAAUGUAGUGAUCCAUGCUACGAACGUUAUCCAUCGAUGGAAUUAGGUGAUUUAUGCUCUGAUACGGCACCUACACCGCUUAAUAAUUUAUGCCUAUCCCCUCUAUCUCGCGAUGAUGCAUGCUAUGAUCAUUUAAAGUAUAAUAAUACGCCGUAUCGUAAUUUUAUGAGUUAUUCUAACGGAUCGUGCUUGCAUAAAACUUUUACACCACAACAAGUAGCUCGUAUGCAUUGCUAUAUUGAUCAACAUUAUACUUCUUGGUUGGUUGAUGAUGAUCCAGCACCUUCGAUUAUUCCAAUUCCACCGCAAAUACUAUCUAACGAUCAUCAACAAUUACAAAUUGCGUGGAUAUCACCGUUGCGUGAUCAACGCCAUCAAGUAUGCGAAUAUUGUCAUGCCAAUGGAGCUCUAGUUCAAUUUGCAACUAAAGUAUCAUCACCAUUUACUUAUCGUACAACUGGUAUGAAUAUUUGGUCGCCUGAAGAAGCCUUAAAAGGUUCGCCCGAUGCUAAAGCAUGUGAAUAUGAUAGGUAUGCAUGGAUUGCACAUGAAUAUUGCAAUAGUACAUGUUAUGUCGAGGUCGGUUUUGAUCAGUUGAUUGUUGGACGCCAAUUAAAAAUAUGGGUUACUGGUAAUUAUAAAAGUGCUCGCGCUUUACAUGAUAUUAUAUUAUAUUAUCAAGAUGGGAGCAAAGAAUCAUUAGGAAGUCAAGCGGUCCAAUGCGAUCAGCCAUUUACUACACCUUUAUGGUCAAGUAAGAUACUAACGCAUUUAAAGAUUUACAUUUCUCAUCCUGAUGUAGGUAUCGAUUCCGUCCAACUAACUUCAUCGCAACAUCAUAGCGUUUGUGAUCAUUGCCAACCGCUAACUUAUCGUGUUCAUCGCCAACCACCAUUUUAUUCAAAUCAAUCGUCGAUGAUAACAACUACAACUCAUUUUCUAGAUUUAUGGACGAAGCCAUCGGUUAAUUAUAUCUAUACUGUCCAAGCUAUUAGUAAUAACCGAACUGGACCUCUAUCAUCACCUUUGCGUUAUUUCUUCAAAGAAGGCUUUUGUGGCAAUGGUAUAAUUGAAAAUGAUGAAAGUUGCGAUGACGGUAAUCGGCAUGAUGGUGAUGGUUGUAAUCUUCGUUGUCAAGUUGAAGAAUUUUUUCAUUGUCAGCAUCAACCGAGUCUUUGCUAUUAUCACCUGAAUGAUGAUAUAUGUGAAGAAUUUGAGGAGAGAGUUAGUCCUCAUGAUUGUGGAUUUUAUACACCGAAAGGAUUUCGUGAUCAAUGGGCUUCUCAUGCUGUUGCAAAUCCCGAAUUUCAAGGAGAAAAAUGUAGCGAUUUUGAAACAUUAUUAUUAGGACCUCCAUCUGCUGAUCAAAAAUGUACAUCUAAUCUGGAUAUGAAAUCGUUUUGGCAAGAACUUCCUGUAGCUUGGUAUCCAUGCGGUCAUCAUUAUGAAGAUGCAAAUUUUUGGAUUCAAGUAAGCUUCCAGCGUUCAGUUGUUGCAUCAUCAGUGUUGAUCUAUUUAGCUACAGAUGGCAAUAUCGUAUUAUAUACUAAAAGAGUAAGGAUAUAUGUUCAACUAAUCGAUACAGAAGAUAACGUUCACGAAAUUACACCUAAUGGUAUCUUGGCAUCAUGCAAUUCUAAUCCUUUAACGAUAUCAGUAAUGCACGACAUGACUAAAGCCUUUUAUUAUGUUAAAGCAGUUAAUAUCUCCUUCACAUCAUACGAACUUGCUAUUUCAGCAGUUCGGCUACGGUCUCUUACAGCUACAGAAUCAUUUUCAGCUCAUCAGUGCGGUAAAAACGAAUAUUACAAUCCAAAAACGCAACGAUGUUAUAAAUAUCCUUGUGAUCGAGUUCAUUGUGGGGUGUACAUGACUAAAACAGCUCAUGCCAACUGUUCAUCAAACUUUGAAGGUGCAACUUGUAAUGUUACAUGCUAUCAUGGAUAUACUAGCUUAAAUGGUCCUUCUUAUGAGAUUCAAUGCAUUCAAGGCCAAUGGGUUGAUCAAGAUUAUUCCUGCAGACCAAUUGAUUGUGGAAAACCGCCUAAUGUUGAAUAUGCUAUAACAGCCUGCCCCGAUGGUACAAGAGCUGGAAAGGUAUGCACAUAUAAAUGUAAAUCACCCGCUAGGAUGGUCGGUAAAAAUAAUUCACUAACUUGCACACCACAAGGAUAUUGGACACUUCCUCAAUCUUACUGCUAUUUAACAUGUAAUCCACCACAGCAGCCGGCUAAUUCCGUUAAUUUUCGUUGUAUGAAUGCAAACUACCGUCGAAAUAAAUUGUUUCAAAUUGGUCGUUAUAAUAUUGGUAGUUAUUGCAAGUUUCAUUGCUCUAAAGGUUAUGAGUCUAUUAAUCAGUAUGGCUUGAAGAGUGUACUAUCAAGAACUGUAUGCAGUUGGAGUGGUCAGUGGGAAGAUGCUCGAUGUAUUCCGAUUACUUGCCCACCUCCACCACUACUUCAACAUGGUAGUUAUAACUGUAAAGGAACAACUUAUAAUUCAACAUGUUCUAGAACAUGCUUGGAUGGAAGCCAUAAGAACGGUGGUCAUAACGUUAUUACUUGUGGUAGCGAUCGAAAAUGGCAUGGUGUUGUAGACCACUGUCCAGUACCAACACAAAUAUGUGCAAAACCCAAUUUAUCAUCAAAUAUGGAUGUUACUUGCUCAAAUGGCCAUGCUAUUGGUCAAAGUUGUAGGAUUACAUGUAAAACAAAUGAAGAAACGCCUAACCAUCAGCAAAUUACUUGUUCAUCAAAACAGAUAUGGCAACCAGCGUUAUCGCAAUUAAAAUGUAACGUAAGAUGUCUAUCAGAAUACUAUAAUGAUGGAUGGUGCGAUUUGGAAAAUAAUCGUGAGGAAUGCCAGUAUGAUGGAGGUGAUUGCUGUAAGUCAACAUCAAUAGAAGGCAUAGUAGAGUAUAUGAUGGAAGAUUAUUGCAGCAGUGAGCCAGUACCAACUGAAUGCAAUUGCCUCGAUCCAAAAGCAGCAGAAAAUAAAAAUGUAUAG